AUGAAAACCAGCCAAGCAGGUAACUUAACUUAAUCCAGAGCUUGUAAGCCACGGACUCAAAACAAGACACCUCGUUCUUCUAAUAGGCUUAGUUGGUUAGUGAUAAAUAAAAUCGUCAACAGUCAUGCCAGGAAGAGGUCGAGGCCGGGGUCGCGGGGGCGGAAGAGGUCGAGGUCGCGGCCGCGGAGGAGGGCGAGGUCGUGGACCAAGGCCAGGCAGUCAUCCCAAUCUAAAUCCAGAAAGUGAAGACAAAUCGUUAGAAACGAAAGAGUCAUUGGACAUAACAAAAGAUGUGAGGUCAUUCUUUAGGGGAGCAGUUAGUUUUGACCACCACUUCGAGGCACAGACACAUAACAAAGAGCGGUACAUUGCGGGAUUAGCCACAUUGCUGCAGAAUGGCGUACAAAUUUCGCAAAAUGCCCGAGUUAGAGGACUGGCAGCAGCCUGGGCGCGCCAUGACCACGAGCUAGCCAAUGCUCUUCUGCUUCUGAAGAAAUCGUUCGGCUUGGUUGAGGUUCUGAAAGCUCUCACACUAUUGGAUAGUAAUCGAAGAAUGAGUCACUUCGAAAAGAGACUAAAGCAACUCACCUUGUCUAAUGCCAAAGUUGGACAGCAAAAGUUAUCCAAAAUGAAAAUGGGGAUCAAGAAUUUGCAGAACAUCCGACCAAAGCAUGGCUCGGCCAGUGGAGCUGUAUGUAAACAUGUCCGACGCUGGGUACAGUCAUUCAGCCAAGACGAACUGGAAUAUUAUGCCCUUCACUUCCCUAAGGGGCAGUGGAAGAAACUAGCCGAUAUCUGCCAUCUGAAUCCCAAAAAGGACUUUCCCAAGUUGCCCUGGUUCCUCCCCUUCUGUUUCGGAGAGCCUGCCCCGGAGGGCACUAUGGUUAGUCGUUGUGAGACAGUAACAGCGGAGAACGUGAACGCUUUAGUGGCUGAGUUUCCUUUACCUUUUAGUCAUAUUAAGGAGCUGAAAAGUCACCUGACAGCAAAGUCCAAGGCCCGGAUAGCGGGUUACACAAGCACGCUGGAUCAGGUCAUAUGGAACUAUGAAGAUCUGCAGUGCCCCGAGACUGACAAGGUGAUCGAGUCUCGUCUGGGGGACGGGGAGGGUGUCUCUCUCCCUAACGGCAAGCUCUUGGAGAGACUUCUCACGCUGAAGAUGAUUCGUGAAAACAUCCCAGCCAGGUUCUCUCAUUUCCGCAGAGGGAAGAAGUCUAAAACCAAAAAGAGCGAUCCAACUAAAGUCCCCUUUUUGAAGGAUCUUGUUCACAUUGCUGAGAAGAGGGUUAAAAAUAUUAAAAUACAGCUGGAAUCGCCCGUUGUGAUCAUGGGGGACGCCUCGGGCUCUAUGGAGGUAUCAAUCAGAACAAGUACAAUCAUUGCUGGCUUGCUGUCCACUAUCACAGCUGCCAAGCUUGUCUUCUUCAACACAGAGACCAGAGAGUCGCCAUUUCUACCCCAGACUGUCGAGCAGGUCCUGGAGCUGGCUGUGUCGACAGAGGCUAAUGGUGGCACCACUCCAGCAGCUAGCCUCUACCCAUUCUACCGGGAUAAAGAAGUGGUGAAAACAUUUAUAGUCGUCACAGAUGAAGAGGAAAACGGCCUUUGUCAAAAUGAGUCGUUCGACACCCUGUUUAAAAAGUACCACGAGGAGGUGUAUCCAGCCAGGCUCGUUUUCGUGUCCUUCCUGAGAAACCAGCAUUCUCAAGGUCAAAUGGUGUCCAAGCUGCCAGAUUACAGUCCCAUUCAGUUUAAGCUGGAUUCUAGCCGACCUGAUUUAACCAAAUUGGAAACGUUAUUUGGACUGCUCUCAGUGGAUUCGCAAAGUUUUGACGACCAGCUCAGUCAGAUGGAAGAAAAGAUCCACUCAGCGGAUGUGCAAGGUGUCUUCAAGGAGAUUUUCUCAGACAUGGACACGACAUAAUGAUCAGCGGUAACCGAAAAGAAACAAAAUUUACUGGAUGUUUAUUUAUUUAUUUGAUUGAUGUUUCACGCCGCAGGAUAAAAUAAAUAUACAUCACUGAAGAAAAUGGUGAGAAGUUUAGUGGAGGAACUGGAAACAAGAUUACCAUUCAAGAAAGUGAUUUAUUAUUAUAACUGAUACGUUGACAAACCUUGUAAGGAAUACUCUCCAGAGAAAUUGUAUUUUGAAAUCGUAAUAUUAAAGCACCAUUUAUACAAGGAAGUCCUGUUCACGAAUCUGAAGAAUUUGUGGGGAUUUGCACGAUGUUGACGUGAAUCAGCAAAUCCAGGCGUGUAUUCAUACGCUACAAAGAUGAGCGGAUACGUUUAUAGGCAACAUUUACACAUUUACAUCCUACCGUAGUCAUAUAACAUGUACAAAUAUUUUUUUAAAAAAAUCUCAUUUCGUUGCAUUUACAAAAUAACUGUGAUCUAAGAUGUCAUUUCUGUAUUAUCUAUUUGUAUUGUAUUUUCUGCAAAUAAAAAUGUGUCGAAUAAAAACGAAACCGGUUGUCAUGGGAUGCAACUCAUUGAUAUGACUAUAUGAGGACUGAUAUUUGAACGCCAAAGACAUGGAAAUUUACAAUUGUGUCUCAACCAUGGUAAGACAGUGUCAUUGUGACUA